AACAUGGACCUGGAGGUUACAGCUAAAAUACUGUCCGAAUGGAAGAGCCGUGAAAGUACUUUUGGAGAAGAUCAGGACUCGCCGCAAUCCACCUCACCGGAAUCCUCGAUGGACUCCAUGUGCUCUUCACCGGAGAUGUGCUACUCCGGCGGGCAUCAGGAGAUCAAGGAUUUCUCUUUUGGCUUCUCGGGGCGCAGGACGGCUCCGGCAGCGCAAAGGCACGGCAAGCCCAAGAUGUCCACCAAGAGACGCAUGAAGGCUAGCGAGAGGGAGAAGAUGCGGAUGAGGAGUCUCGCAGAGGCCCUGCACCAGCUCCGCGACUACCUGCCGCCGGACUACAGCAAAAGAGGUCAACCUCUAACCAAGAUACAAACCCUCAAAUACACCAUUGAAUACAUCAACAAGCUUUCAGACAUCCUGAGCCGCGCGUAA